GAUAUCUAGAUCACUGGUAAUCUUAUAUAUUCUGCAUCAUUUGUUAUAUUGUUGUACUUCUUACGAAACCUAUUUUUACCCUUAUCUUAUUAUUCCGAAGUCUUUGUCUUUACCAAAUAUAGAUAAAAUUCACUUCACAAUGACUUUUGUUUUUUGCAACUUUUUCAAAUGCUUCGGCAAAUCCGUCGACAGUGCAGAGAUAUAGUCAACACUCAACAACCCUAUUUAUAUGACAAGGGAUACAAAGGCAUCUGCAAGUACCCUUUUACUUCGUAUCCAAAUUAAAAGAGUCUUUGAUCAUUUCUCCCACAAAAAAAGGUCACCUAGAGGAAAACAAAAAAAAAAGAAUCUUAGGGUUUUGUGGGAGAUCAGUUUCCAAGGAAGAUGAAGAAGAGGCAAGUGGUGGUUAAACAGAGAAAAAGCUCUUACACUACGACCUCUUCUUCAAGCAACAUCCGUUACGUUGAGUGCCAGAAGAAUCACGCAGCUAAUAUCGGCGGUUACGCAGUUGACGGUUGCCGGGAGUUUAUGGCAAGCGGCGGUGGUGAUGCUUUGACGUGUGCUGCUUGUGGCUGUCACCGGAAUUUUCACCGGAGAGAGGUUGAGACGGAGGUUGUUUGUGAGUAUUCUCCUCCGACUUAAUGCAAGCAACUAAUUAACGAAGAUAGCAAAAAAGAAGAAAGAAAAACCAAGAGAGGUAUUGAUUAUUUUUAAUUAAAAAAAAAAAAAAAGCAAAGAAAAAGGAAUCUGCCUGUAUUUGAUAUAUUGAUUUAUAUUAGAGUUUGUAUUCAUGUAUGUAUAUGGUUAUCGAUGUAUAUUCAAAUACUUACAUUAACGCCGAUCUAUAUGAUUAUUGAUUCGUCAAAUCUUGAUGUGAUUGAGUGUUUAUAUACUUCAGUUAGAUGUGUGCCUACAUUUAUCUAAUUUAAGAAUACAUAUUCGAAACCA